UACUCACGACAUCCUUACCCCGCACUUGUGUAAUUAUUAUACUCGACGAUGGUAAUUGGUAAUAUUAAAACAAUAUUGUGUAAUACAUUAGUUAUUAGUUGUGGUCCGUACUCUGCAGUAGCUCACUGUUUCGUUGAAAAAAAAAACAAUCUCAUCAUUUCAAAUUGAUAAUAAUUGGAAGUAUCUACCGCAAUGGAAGAAAAAGGAAAUCCAAACAGUAUCAAGCUUCCCGAUACUUUGGAAGUUUUCAGGAACUUAAAAAAUGCAAAACAAUUUGCAAUAGACAUUGGUGGUUCACUUACAAAAAUAGCAUAUUAUUCGACAGUAUCAUUUAGACGAGUUUAUUAUGCAACCGAUAACAUAGACAAAAAUGAUGACCAAAACAAGGAUGACAAACAUGAUAAGUUUGUUUACACAUAUUCUGAACAAGCAAGGUUACAUUUUGUCAAGUUUGAAACAAAAUAUAUUGAAAACUGUUUGGAUUUCAUUGGUGACAAUUUAGUUAACAGUGAUGAACGAAAAGGAAAAAGCAUUAAAGCUACUGGAGGUGGGGCAUACAAGUAUAGCAAACUUAUUCAAGACAAAUUGGGAUUAAAAGUAGACAAAGAAGAUGAGCUUACAUGUCUAAUCACCGGAUGUAAUUUUUUAUUAAAAAAUAUAAGUGAUGAAGCAUUUGUUUACAACCGAAAUGGUAGCCCAGAGUAUGAGUUUCAAACAGCUGACCCACAUGUAUUUCCUUAUAUGUUGGUUAACAUUGGAUCCGGUGUGAGUAUUUUAAAAGUGGAGUCGGACAAUUGUUACGAGCGUAUCGGUGGUACAGCUACAGGAGGUGGCACUUUCUGGGGCCUUGGUACACUUUUGACUAAAGCCAAAUCAUUUGAUGAAUUACUUGAUCUUGCCGAAAAAGGAGAUCAUAGAAAGGCUGAUAUGCUUGUGAAGGAUAUAUAUGGUGGAGAUUAUGAGACCCUUGGCAUGCACUCAGAUUUAAUUGCUUCUUCUUUUGGAAAAAUAUGUCCUCGUCAAAAUGCAGAAAGUGAUUACAACGAAGCAGAUCUGGCUAGAAGUUUACUGUUUGCAAUUAGCAAUGACAUUGGUCAAAUUGCUUGUUUGUAUGCAAUGAUGCAUAAUUUGAAAAAGGUAUAUUUUGGCGGUUACUUUUUAAGAAAUCGUUCACUCAGCAUGCAUACUAUAUCAUUUUCUAUAAAAUAUUGGUCUAGAGGAACUGUGCAAAGUUUGUUUUUAAGACAUGAAGGAUAUUUAGGAGCUAUUGGAGCAUUUUUAAAAGGCACUGAAGAAUGCGAUGGUGACAAGUUUUCGUGGUUAGAAAAUUAUGCUGGUAGUGGAAGUAACCGCACUCAAUUGUCGUUUGGCAAACGAGUUGACCAACUCGAACUUGAUCGUUGGGAAUCCCCAUUAACAUUUUGCCCAUUGCUUAAAGAUCCAUCUAGUUACAUUCCAGAUACAGUUGACUUAAAUUCAGAUAAAGAAGCUAGAGACUAUUGGUUAAAUUGCUUUGAAGAAAGUAUAGAAAAUUAUGUGAAUUAUGCUAUUGCCAGUCAACCAACUAGUGAUACAGCUGAAAAACGGGCCGCCAUGUUCAAGGAGAAAUUUAUUUCUCGGGUGCAAUUGCUUAAAAUAAAACCUUUUGCUUAUGGUAAUUUGACUGUGAGGGGUCUUCUUGAUACAAUCAAUCAAUGUCUUAAAGAAUUUGAUUUUCCUGAUCCAUAUUUAACUCAAAAACGAACAGAAAAUGAAUAUGCGCUUACGUGUCUUCAAGAACGUUUAGAAGAAUUAGAUUCCUUAGAUCUAGAGGAAAGACAAAAAGAAAUAAUCAUGGGGGUCUUAGCAGGGAAUACUUUUGAUUGGGGUGCGAAGGAAACUGUAGCUCUAAUGACAACUGGUGAAUUUGAUUUUAAACAAGCAAGGAACCGAAUACCUGCUAGACCUUGGUUAAUUGACAGUCUGGAUGAUUGGGUUAAAAAAAUAUGUAAUGAGCCGUACAGAAAAAUUGCAAUUUUCAUCGAUAACAGUGGUAUUGAUAUAGUUUUGGGAAUACUACCUUUGGCCAGAGAAAUGCUACGUCAAGGCUCAAGAGUAAUACUGUGUGCCAAUUCAGCUCCAGCACUUAAUGAUGUCACUCAUUCAGAACUUGUUGUACUCUUACGUCAAAUUGCGACUAUUUGUCCUAUUAUUUCUAAAGGAUUAGAUGAAGGCAGGUUGAAAUCAAUGGAGACAGCUCAAGGUGGGCCAUGUUUAGAUCUUAGUCGAUUGGAACGAGAAUUGGCAAAUGAAUUGACUACUGUGGAUUUGAUUAUAUUGGAAGGAAUGGGUCGAGCUGUACACACCAACAUAGAUGCAGAAUUUGUGUGUGAUUGUUUCAAAUUGGCCAUAAUAAAAAACCGCUGGCUAGCUAAACGUUUAGGCGGCGACAUGUUUUCAGUUGUGUGCAAAUAUGAAAGUGUUAAUGUUGUAAAAUAAUUUUUAUAAUUUAAUAAAAACAAAUUUUAUUUCA